AUGCAUAAAAAAACAAAACGAAAAAGAGGGAGUAUAAAAUUUUAUAAUAUUUAUUAGUUUCCAACAACUUCAUUAAGAGAAAUAAAAUUUUUGACAACACUAGAUUAAGAAAAUGUAAUAAAAAUAAAGUAAAUUUAUACUUGAGUAAAAAAAAAUAAAAACAAAAUUAAGACUAUAAAAACAUAUUGUGCAAUGGAUAAUGGAUUUAAUGGCAAAUGAUUUUUGGAAAUUGUUAUUAAAAAAUGAAGAAUAAAAAUAUUAUUUUAAUACGAAUUAAAUUCGUUGCAUUCUUUAUUAAUGUUUUAAAGGACUUUAAUACAUACAUUCAUAAAAUAUAAUUCAUAGAGAUAUAAAAAGUGCCAAUAUUUUGGUAAAUGAAAUAGGAGUAGUCAAAAUAGCUGAUUUUGGUUUAGCAAAGUUUUGUCCAAAAAAAGAGGGAGUAAAGAAAACUCCAACAGUUGUUACAUUAGGUUAUAGAGCACCAGAAGUNUCAUAAAAUUUAAUUAAAAUAGAACUGGAGAGAAUGAAUGA